AGCUUAUUCUCUCAUCCGUCUUCAAGUCGAGAGGUUCACCUCGAGAACGGCAACACGUUUUUGUGGAUAGCUGGCGCUCCUCUUCCACUUAUUUACUUAGCCGCCUCCAUUUUGAUCUAACCGUUCCCUCCGUCACGCGGAACGUUUUCCGUCACGGGUAGUAGUACCCCGUUCCUGCCAGUCACUGGCAAAGGUCCAUACGCUUGAUUCCCGCCAUCGAUUGAGUGUGAAAAUCCAGCACAGAUUCACGCAAGUCACUCGCAGUCUUUCCAGAUCCCCCAACCUUCUCCGAGGGAGUCCCUAUCCUCUUACUCCACCUGCUACCGCCACCGCGUCGCCAUGUCGACCGCGCCGAGCAGCCCGCCGCAGCCCGCGGCGCAGCAGAGCUUUCUGACGAAGAGAGCGAUAAUGGCAGGCAGUGUGGUGCUGUGGAUCGCCUUAAGCUCCUCCGUUAUCAUAUUCAACAAGUACAUCCUCGACCGGAGACUGCUCAACUGGCCGUUCCCCAUCAGCCUGACCAUGAUCCACAUGGCCUUCUGCUCCUCGCUCGCCUUCCUCCUCGUGAACGUCUUCCGCGUGGUGCCGCCACUGCCGGGUGGGCUCAAGCCCGAGACGUACUUCACGUGCGUCGUGCCCAUUGGCGCGCUGUACGCGCUCAGCCUCUGGUUCUCCAACUCGGCCUACAUCUACCUCUCCGUCUCCUUCAUCCAGAUGCUCAAGGCGCUCAUGCCCGUGGCCGUCUACCUGCUCGGCGUUGCCUUCCGCCGGGACGCCUUCCGCACUGCCACCUUCUCCAACAUGCUCCUCAUCUCCGUCGGCGUCGCCGUGAGCGCGUGGAGCGAGGCCAACUUCAACGCCACGGGCGUGCUGCUACAACUAGCCGCCGUCGCGUUCGAGGCGACGCGCCUGGUGCUCAUCCAGAUUCUCCUCACAUCCAAGGGGAUCUCGCUCAACCCCAUCACCAGCCUCUACUACAUAUCCCCCGUCUGCCUCCUCUUCCUCUCCGUUCCCUGGUUCCUCGUCGAGUUCCCCAGGCUCGUCCCCGCCAUGGCUGCCGGCGCGCACCCAAGCAUCCUCGUCUUUGGCGCCAACUGCGUGUGCGCGUUUGCGCUGAACCUCGCGGUGUUCCUGCUCAUCGGGAAGACGUCGGCGCUGACGAUGAACGUGGCGGGGAUCAUCAAGGACUGGCUGCUCAUCGCCUUCUCGUGGUCCGUCAUCGCGGAUAAGAUCACCACGUUCAACCUGCUCGGGUACCUGCUGGCGUUCGCGGGCGUGUGCUGGUACAACCACGUCAAGAUGCAGGAGAUGAGUGCUAAAGAGGCAGCCAAGAAGCAGGCGCAACAAACCGAUGAGGAGACAGGCCUGCUUGAGCCUUCAAAGGAAGCUCAGAAAUAGGCUAGGCUGCCAGUUAAAGGAAGCAGCGGUUGCAGCUGCAGCUGUGGCUGCUGCACUGACUGCCCUUCGAUGUGAACCAACUUAUACCAACUUAUAGGAACACUCUAGACCAGACACAUUCCCAUGUAUCACCAUUAUAGACAGGCAACUGAAUAGACCAAUCAUCUUUAU